GCAGCUUGAGUUGAGUUUCGAGAGGAAGAAGAUGACUCUCAUCAAGGAGUACCGAGUGGUUUUACCCUGUAGUGUUGAGGAGUACCAGGUGGCGCAGCUGUUUUCUGUGGCUGAGGCCAGUAAAAAUGAGACAGGCGGUGGUGAAGGUAUCGAGGUACUGAAGAACGAGCCCUAUGAAAAAGAUGGAGAGAAAGGACAGUAUACACAUAAAAUCUACCACUUAAAGAGUCGGGUACCAGGGCUUGUCAGGUACUUGGCCCCAGACAGCGCCAUGGUAUUCCAUGAAAAAGCUUGGAAUGCCUACCCCUACUGCAGAACCAUUGUGACGAACGAGUAUAUGAAAGACGAUUUCAUCAUUAAAAUCGAGACGUGGCACAAACCAGACAUUGGAACUCAAGAAAACGUGCACGGACUAGACCAGGCCACAUGGGACAAGGUUACUGUCGUGCCAAUUGACAUCGCAGACAAUCUAAAAGUGGCGGCUGCCGACUACAAGCCAGAUGAGGAUCCUACCCAGUUCAAGUCAGUUAAGACGGGCAGAGGACCUCUUGGGCCCAACUGGAAGAGAGAGUUGGUUAGUCAGACUGACUGCCCAAAGAUGUGUGCCUACAAACUGGUCACAGUCAAGUUCAAGUGGUGGGGUCUGCAGAACAAAGCGGAGAACAUAAUCCAUGAGCAAGAGAAGAGGAUCUUCACUAACUUUCACCGCCAAGUCUUCUGCUGGAUUGAUAAAUGGGUGGACCUGACUAUGGAGGAUAUCCGGCGGAUGGAGGCAGAGACUCAGAGGGAGUUGGAGGACCUUCGCAAACGGGGUGAAAUUCGAGGAACCACUGCUGCAGAAUAAAGAAACGGCAACAGAUGUUAAACACCCAUGACGACGGCAGCAAUGGUCCUUCGGUGCCUUUUUUACCUCAACUGAUCCUCGCUGUGGGGGGAGGGGGCACUGCUACCUGCAAUCAAUAGAGCGGAUCCCUGGCUUGCACCCCAUCACAGACAAUCUAUCCACUGAGGAAUUGAUUUCUAGAAACCAGCAUGAUCCCUGCUGAUAAGACUCUGGUUAAUUUUGAUCCCCUGGGCAGAGAAACGCCAGGUAUCAGCACCAUGUUAUUGACCAGACCAACAUUCUGGAGAGAUGUGCAGAGGAGCUACUUGCAGUAGAGAUGUUUUUUUUUUUUUACAAAAGCGAUUCAUUGGUUUGAUUUCACAGUGGCAGGUGUAGGACCAAAAAUUUUCCUCUGUACUUUCUUGUUUUUUUCCUUUUCCCUUCCUUUUUUUGCCUAAUGUUUAUCCUCCACAACAUUCCUCUCUUGAUGAUCUUUGUCUCCUUGGUUUUUAAACUGUACACAGCGUGGUUCAGUGGUUUGCAUUCCCUGGCACGAGUCUGUCUGUUUGUCAUACUCAUGUUCCUUCCUGCCACAGCCUCCAUUAAGAGAUUACUAACACCCUUGGUACCUUGGCCCAUUGCAAUCCUCCCCCCCCCACUCUACCCUAAGCACUGCAUCUUAUUAGCACUGACAAUCAUGCCCGAACAGGUAUUCGCUCUCACUCCCAUACAGAUUUAAUAGAAACCCCCACAUACACGUCCUUAUGACACGCAUGCAUCGUGUACAUGUGGGUAAACAUGUGAAUUAAUUUUCACACACACUCGCAGGUGCGGACGCCUUUGUGGUGACUGAUCUCCUAAAAGCUCAAACUGGGCAGAUCUAUGCAGGCUUGUUCAGCUAAGGGAUGUUACUUUGGAAGUGUUUACACCCCCCCCUUCCACAAACACUCCAUAUUCAGAAGAUAUUCUCACACAACGCACAACACAUCUUUCCCCUCCAUACUGAUGUCCCUUGAGAUAACAGGCGCCGAAAAACGGCCACAGAUGGUGCUGCACCCCGCCAGCCUCUUUGUCAUCAAACCACACGGCUUGUCACGCCCCCAAACCCCCCAUACCCCCCCACCUCCCAAAAGGGCCUGUCCCACACGUGGUUCUCCGAGGACGACCAUCUCCAAAUGACCUCUUCUGUUUUCAUGUGUUUACAGAUUCAUAAUUGCCUUACCAGUGUGCACACGACGCCGGCGCCACGCACUCCCUUGCCUUAAUCUCUCGACCUUUUAUAUUUAUGGGACCUAUCAAACCUCUUGUACCUCUGCUGCUGCCAGCUAUCGCUCUAGCUACCUCCCCUAUUUCUGACGGGCAAUCGAGCUAACGACUAAAUGUUAGCAGUAGCUUUUAGCUGCCACUUGAUGGGAGUAAAUCAUAUCACAGCUCCAAGAGCAAAGUUGAUUUGUGAUGACUCCUGGUUUUCGUCAGUGUGUGGAAUGCCAUGCGAUUCCCUUGUUUCUUAAUUAAGUGUCACAGCGCCUGAGCAAAUGAAAUUCCUUCAGCAAGACGAACUCUGUGUGUUUGUGCUGUGACAGCCAGUGUGCACUGUUGUUGCUCCAAAAGGCUGAUUCACUUCUGUGCCUCAAACCAGCCAUGUUGAUGGGUAUGCCAUUUUGAUGACACGACUUCAACUCCAUCGUGCACUUUCUCCCCUCAGGCCUCAGACUCGUGACACUGGCCUACAGUGUUGACCAUCACUAGUGUUAAAUACAUAACUGUAUACAGUACAAAUGGUUUCCUUGGCUCAUUCUUACUGUUUGUGGGAUUUUUUUCCUGGUGUGUCUCCAGUUGUGCAACUGCAAUCUGGGGUUUGUUUUUAUAGAGAUCUAUUAUACACAUUUUUAAGACACUGAUGCAGCGAUACUUUGCUCAAAGAUGUUUUUAUUUCCUUCUUUCUGGCGAGGGAAUACGAUCACUUCCUUUCGUAAUGGGUUAUUGGCUUGUACUAAACCGCAUAAAUAGAUUUCUGAUAUGUUUACAUGUAUUCAGCAACUGUACACCGGUUUAAACAUAGGAAAGUUUCAGUCUGAGGCAACAUUUUUCAAAACAACAAAAGUCUUCUCAGGUGAACAAUACAGCGCAAGGACCUCUUUGAUAUUCCUGCUCAUCAGUUGCCCCAGACCACUGACUUCCCUCGGACCGUUCCAGAGUUGGCGGUGGGAAAUGUGGUGCUAUAGUUUGAAUGUGACAGGAGCUGGUUGUGAUACAGUCUAGUUGGAGUAAAUGCGUCAGUUGGUCUUUGUGAUGGUGGAGCAGUAUGCAAUCAAAGAGUGUAAAAAAUAUAUAAUCAUGUUUCCAAGUCUAUCUUAAUUAUUCUUGCUGUCUGCUGAAUACAGAACCCAGUGGCUAAAGAGAAUAACUUCCAUCAGUGGUUUUCCAUCUGUUUAAGAUGAUGAAAAUAGGGAGCGGAAGUGUUCACAUAGCUGCUCUACAGUCUUAUCCUAAUUUAUGAAAUCUAUGAUUGUUUAAUUUCUGAGCUGCUUGCUUUUUAAUGUUUCUGAUCAGCUUUUUGAAAUUCAGGGGACAUGGUAGUGAAUGUAUGAUAUUUUGUGCCCUUUUUUCUGUAAAUCUUUGUGUGCCAUCUUCUUAUUGUAUCUCAAUAUCAAAUAAAAACGUUUAUCUAGUUUA